AUGGAGCUAACUUGGAAGCCGCUGCAAGUCAGCGGCAUCCCGCCACCGUGCCCGCCGCUGUUUGCAAAGACCAAAUUCACCUCCAACAGCUAUGUCGUGUUUCUGACAGACCUCCGCAACAUCUGGAAGGAGAGCAUGGACAGGAAAAGCAUAUUCAAGCGUGCCCUGUGCGAGGAAACUGCGAUUGAUCCAACUGAAGAUGCCGCGCAGAUGCGUCUCUUGCUCGAUCACAUUAGGAACGCGAUUGAGGGUCACGCCGGGACGCGCCGCCAAGUGACCAAGAACGUAAAGGACUCACGAGCCCUGAACCUCCAUCUCACAGCGCCCUUGCCCGGCUCGCUUGGCAGCCUGGAAUGGAUGCUAAACUGCACGCCUUUGCCUUCUGCAUCCUUGCAGCACCAUGUGAUCUCGCCUCUCAUGAGCAACCUCUAUCAUCACAUGCAGCAAGUAGAUGAUUUAGUCGGCCGACUUAAUGCUAAAGAUCACGUCAUUUCCAAGCUGCUGGAUAAACUCGAGGCCUCUGGCACAGAUAUCACCACUAUCUUCCCCGGCGCAGCCGGCGCCGUUCAUUUGACGCCUAGAGAGCAAGCAGUCAGGCAGGUUCAAGGUCUUGGCCGCUUUGACUCUGAGCAAUGGCGGCAGAGCUACGCCAAGGCCCGAAAUGCUCGGGUGCCCGAAAGUAGCUUGUUUCGAGUUCUUGAGGUAUCGGCGUCUACUGAAUCCGUAGAUGAUGACCAAGAUAAGGAUGAUCUUUGGCUCUCCAAUCUGCCAACUGCUGUCAGCAACGUUGUUGACGAAGUUGGAAACCCCUCUGCAGGCGGAGAUGCCUCGGGGGCGGAGAAAACGCCAAUUGCUGAGGAAGACGAAUUCGAGGUGAGUUGUGCUUGGACCUGUUCUCGGUUCUGUCUAAUUACCAGCAGCGUCAAGCAACCCCACCGCGAUUGA